AUGGUUAACCGUUUAAUUUGCCUUGUUGCUGGGGUGAUCGCUCUGGGAAGCGGCCUCGCAAAUGCCCAUGGCUCGCAUUCGAGCGACGAUCAACCUCAGUCCGAUGACUGGGCCACGAGACACAUGAUGGAGGAACAUCAUAUUGAAGGCUUCGAUGCCCCCUCAUUUUUCACGAUGCACGAUUACGACUCAUCCGGCGUAUGGACUACCGACGAAGUACGCCAGACGUAUGGUAUGGACGACGAAUCCAAUGACGGCGUGGGCGAGUCUCGCAAGACCGAAGCUAUCCGUCAAGUCUUCGAACUGUUUGAUCGGGACAACACAGGCUUCAUUUCGAGAGAUGCCUGGUUAAAGGCAGUUGCCGAUGGUGUUCGGCUACCCGACCUCGGCUUCGGACCUGGGCACCAUGGCGAUCUCGAGUACGAGUAUGAGAUUCACCACUUCGAGAAAUUCCACGGCGAGGACGCUACUGAGGAGGAGUUGACCCAUCCGGAGGAUAUUGAGCAUUUCCGCCUGCAUGAUGAGCUGGAGGAUGCUCAAAUGCGCCUCGAUCAGCUGGAACAAAUGCAGGUUGUUGUGGGUAACAUCCCCGCGAAAUUCCGUCGUAAUUAG